CACACACUUUGUUUCCGGGAGGAAUGGUGCAACCAGCGCACGCUUCCCCCACUGCGACCGACAUAUGGGAAGACAGGCAGAGAGAGGACACUGGGCAGAGUAAAAUGUGAAGAUUGGAGAUUUUUCCUGUAGCACCAUGGCUGUAGUACUUGGGAGGAUCUGCUCGCCCUACAGGAGAAACCUUUGGAGGUCCCUGCUGGGCUGUCAGGAAGCCCGGAACAGAAUUAAUAGUUCAGUUCUAUUGAAGGAAUCGGCCAUUCACACCUCGGCGUUGGCGCUUGCUGGGCAUAAUAAAUGGUCCAAAGUCAAACAUAUCAAAGGGCCGAAGGAUGCCGAGAGGGCGAGGAUGUUUGCUAAGCUAUCCAUGUUGAUCAAAGUGGCUGUCAGAGAAGGAGGCCCUAACCCCGAGCUAAAUCCACAUCUGUACAACCUGGUGGAGCAGUGCCGGCAAAGGAAUAUGCCCAAGUCUUCCAUUGAGAUUGCUAUUAAAGGAGCUGAUAAGUCUAAGCCAACCUCCUAUGUACUGUACCAAGCAAGAGGGCCUGGAGGAGCUUCCCUGCUCAUUGAACUUCUGACUGACAGCACCAGUCGUACUUUUUCAGAAAUAAAACUCCUACUGAACAAAAAUGGAGGAAUCCCUACAGAUGGAGCCCGUCAUUGCUUUACUAAGAAGGGAGUGGUAACCGUACAGCCCUAUGACAAGGGUGGCAGUCCUGUGCCCAUGGAGCAGGCACUGGAGUUUGCUAUACAGGCAGGAGCAGAGGAUGUACAGGAAUCACAAGAUGAGGAGGACAAUGAUAUUUACAAGUACAUCUGUGAAGUGCCUUCCUUACGAGAUGUCCGCUCGCAGCUUGUCACCCUGGGAAUGGUGCCGAUCUCCUCCGGCCCUGAGUAUUUGCCCACCAUCACUGUACAGCCAUCAGACUCUGACAAGGAGAAGCUGUUUCACCUUCUGGAACUAAUCAACGACCAAUCAGACGUUAUACGGAUUUACGACAAUGUCGAAUAGCAGUACGUCUCACGUGACCGAUGCUGUAAAUCAAUGAGGAUUCUAAUACUGAGGAUUCAGCUUACAAUUAUGAGUGUCAGAGGUGACACUGCGUAUGAUGGGUUAGAGAAAUGCCGGAUGUGUAAGAAGUAGGGAUGAGCUCCGGCGUGUUCGCACAGUCC